AUGGAGAAGCUGCCCGUAGAGAUUCUUGCUAAGAUAAUCGACUAUCUCACGCCACAUGAACAAGUCCAGCUUCAGUCUGUCUCCAAGAGAUUCUUCGGACUCGCACGAGACAAUAAUCUCUGGAGACUCCAUUGUUAUGAACAGUCAUGGGCUGCAACAGAUGUCUCUUAUUCGGCCAGCAGGGCUUCAGGAAGCCUUGUCACUAAUUCCACUGCACCCCUUAGCUCAUUAGGUCAGACUUCUCUCCGCUCCUUAAUACAGCCGGAUCUUUCGCUCUCGAAUGAGGACCAGACUGUGUCGUCAUCCGGCGAACGGGCAAGAGCGGCCGCAAUGUGGGAUCCGUCUUAUGAGGGAGAAGAUAUCGAUUGGUAUUCGGAGUAUAUUGCCCGUAAUGGACCGGUCUCUUUUAACUGGCUACAGCAACCCUUGGCAAUAGAAGAUCGGGGGAAAAAGGCACCUCGUGAGGUCAAAGGCCUAGGGUUGCUCCGGGACUGGAGCUCUGCACGGCAGAAUAAAGCUGUCGCACCAUUAGACGAUGGAAGUGUUUGCAUUUGGGAUCUUAAUCACUCCCAUUCCAUCGGAUCACAGUCUACCAAAGGCCGAAUUCUUGGAGUUAGCGAGUCGGGUAUUCUGAUGGCCAAUUUAUCAGGACGGAGAGAUAAAUCGGCGGCAAAAUCAGCGAUGGAAUUUAUUAAUUUGGGGGAAUGUGUGAGCGUCGACUCGAUUCGCCAGAGAGCAUAUCUUGCUGUUGCCAACGUGUUGAACGAAGUUGAUCUAGAGACCCUGAGGGUGAUCUCACAACAGCGUUAUCCCUGGUCUAUCUUUGCAUUGUCCCAAGAGACAGACUAUUCCGUGCCCUUGACUCUUGCUACCACAUUGAGCCUCCAUAUAUACGACGGCCGACUAUCUGCAACAGAGGAAAGAGAGGAGAUCAAUUUCAGAUGCGAAAAACCAACGCUCCCUUUGGUUCCAAGAUCCCAGAUCUAUGUCCCUCCAGACUCGCCUCUUCUCCAACUUCAACCCAACGGCCAGCCUCCCCAUCGUAUACGGAGCCCCAGCCCGUUAGAUGUGAGUGACGACUAUGCUCCGUUAUUUCAACCAGGACCCCUUGCACUACUGCAUCCUCCAGCUCCUCACGUAAAUUCUAUAUUUCUCGCUGGACGGUUCCCAAGCAUCUUACAAUAUGACCGGCGAUUCUUCCCUCGGUUGCAGAACACGAUCUACUCAGGAGGUAGAUUAUGUGGCCUUGCCUCUGUCCCAGCGCCACAGUUCCCUGUAUUUGCUAAUUCAUCCUGGCCUGACUCGCAUAAAGUUGUCGCUUGCGGGGAAUACAAAGGUAAAGGGUCCCUUGAACUAUACAAUCUCACGCCAUCGGGUGCACAAGGAGAGAAUGGCCCACCAGGUCUAUCAUCCCACCUAACCUCAGCAUACCAAAAUCGGCAGAGCUCUGCAAGCUUAAAGGUGUUGUCGGUCGAGUCACAUGGCACUCGAAUAGUGUACUCCGACGGAGAUGGCAACGUCAAGUGGGUUGAACGAGACGGCAAGACCGAGGUUCGUCGUUUCAACAUCAACACAUACAAACCUCGUAGGAGGCAUGAUCAACAACUGUCAGAGCCCGGGGUCAAUGAGAGAGACAACAAUGAAGAAGAGACCGGUGUUCUUUGGAACAACUCGUCUAGCUCCCACGGCAACGAUGAAGUUGCUCGGAAGAUCCUGCCCAUCGGCGGAAAUCUUACGGGAGACGAAGUUCUUAUCUGGACAGGUGAGCGUGUCGGUCGCAUUAGGUUUGCCGAUUCAUGUGACUUUGGUGAAGAGGAAGAGGAAGACGACCUCAUGGAUGUCAGCGAGGACGUUGCCACCGCUACGCGCGAGGAGUUACGAAACAAGAGACGUGAGGCACGGCGGCAGGAGCGUGAAUAUUCCCGGAUGAUGCGAAGAGCUUUAGAAAGACAGGCCGAUGAAGUACGGCGAAUGGGAGGUUUCGGGCUGUAA